AUGAGUUCUGAUAUUGACAGCUUCUUAUGUAAUUAUUUGCAAAUGACCCAUUUCUCUAUACAACUGGACGAGUCAACUUUACCUGAUAAUGCAGCAUUAUUAUUGGCAUAUGUUCGUUUUAUUAUGAAUCAAGAAAUCUACGAAGAACUGCUCUUCGCAAGAACUUUAAUAACCGACACUAAAGGUGAAUCAAUAUUUCAUGUUUUGAAGGAUUACUUCAUUGAAAAAGCAAUUCCUUUAUCAAAUAUAAUAUCAGUAGCUACAGAUGGAGCACCUGCCGUGGUUGGACGGGUGUUAGCAAUACAUUGCGUCAUCCAUAGACAACAUUUAGUUGCUAAAGAUUUGAGAGUUAGAUUGCAUGAAUCACUUCAUUUAGUGAUUGAUGCAGUAAACCAAAUCCGAAGCAACGCGUUGAAUACGCGGUUAUUUUCGCAGUUGUGUGAAGAAGAUGACGAACACUUUCAUCAAUUACUCCUUCACACUGAAGUACGCUGGCUGUCGAAAGGCUUAUGUUUGACAAGAUUUUUUGCACUUUUUGAGACUAUUUUAGAGUUUCUGGAUACUAAAGAUAAAAUUUUAAAAGAAAAUUUAAUGAAGAGGAAAACAGACAUCGCCUAUUUAACAGAUUUGUUUACAAAAUUUAAUAUGGUUAAUUUGCAAUUACAAGGCGACAGUUUAAAUUUGAUUAAAACAAAGUCCAUCUUAUCAGCGUUUCUUGCCAGAGUUAAACUAAUGAAGCAAAAUAUUGGACGAGCGAAUUUUCUCAGUUCCCCAAUUUGUCACAGACAAGUUGCCAGGAAGACGACGUUUCAACUUACGUUCAACAUUUAA